AUGUUGAUUGGUAAGUUAGCUGAUGUACAGUUGGCGUUCUAUCAAUCCUAUCAUUCAAAUAAAAUCAACCAACUCAUUCAUUUCAUUUUCAUCCCUCAAAUAUUAUGGUCUGGUCUGAUCAUCCUUUCUCACGUUCCAUGGCCAGGGACCAUCCCCAAAGUUUGGUUUGAUGGAGCGGCAUUUCAACCUUCUCUCGCUCUAGCCCUCAUCGCUGCUUUUCAGACUUACUACAUCGUUUUAGAUCCUCUGGCAGGGACCGCCUAUCUACCAGUGGCGAUCUUGUUUUACUUAUCUGCCACUUGGCUCAAAGUGGUAGCACCCGCUUGGUUACCUUUCAGCUCUCAUGCCCACCCGACUGCAGCACCGUUCGGAUGGACUGUAUUCGUUGUGGCGUGGAUAGCACAGUUUAUAGGACAUGGUGUGUUCGAGCAUAGAGCUCCGGCAUUGACUGAUAAUUUGGUGCAGGCACUGGUCACUGCACCUUUCUUCGUCCAUAUGGAGUUCCUCUUCUACGUCUUCAAUUAUCGUCCAGAGGUACAAAAAAGGGUUAAAGACGCCGCGGGUGUGAGAAUUAGGGAGAUGAACCGGGUUGCGAAGAACAAAGUCAAGUAG